UGGACAUCGUGAACGAACUGGCCUCUCAAUCCUGAUGGUGGUACCCAUUCUGCUAGUGCGAAAGCUGUUCCCGUUUCUUCGUGAUCCGAUCCGGUAUCAGCGGAUACUUGAUUCCCUUCCGGCGAACAGAAAAGAGAGAUACGAAGGAGUAAUGACGAAAGGUUGAUUGUUCGUAUGUUCAGUGAUGGCGAGCCUGGAACCAAUCAAAAAAACCUGAAAGAAGAUGCGUAGGCCUUCAAUCAUGGUGCAAUGAAUAUCGUAGAUAGAGUGAUUUCGAUCUCAUAUAGCUAGCUGGAGUCUUUCCUUUCAAAGUGAAACGAUUUUCCUUUUACGUUGAGAUAUUUGAAUUGGAUUUUCUUUCACCACUACUAUCGUAACGCACAGAAAACACUGACGUUUCCGCUCGCUUUCAACCACUGCCACUUUACCUGAGCACUGUGACGCAGUCGGUCAAGUAUGGAGUUUCUGCUAGUAUAUCAAGGACUUAUGAGAACUGAAAAGCAAAAAAACUAGGCAAAGGAAUUCUCAUAGUUCAUUGAAUUAAGGGAGGACCAUUCGUGGGGGGUUCGUGGAAGAGUUGGGUUCGAUUCCCUUUAUACGCGAUGUGGCGAAAAAGACUGAUUCAACGAAAUAUGCCAUGCCAGCUUUCAGAUUUAAAACGUGUCGUCUACUUCCAGGAAAUGUUCGGAACAGAGAACUUUCUCUAAUCCAACGCCGCAUUCUCCGAAGAUUGAGGAACAAGAGGAGAUCCAUUAAAAGAAAUCUUUCUCAGAGAGAAAAUCUAAACAGUAACAUCAAAUCACAAACUACACGAAAGUUGUCCAUUUAUUAUGGGGAUUUACCCAUAAGGGAGAUGCACAGAGGAAGAGAACGAACUUCAUAUAUCCCUUUUUUACUCAAUCAAGAAACAAGAUCGGACGUGAUUCCGGUUCGUCUCCAUUUUAGUGACACUCUUCCUCAAGCAAGGCAGCCGAUAAGUCAUCGAAGGGUUUGUUUGAAUAAUGGACUGGUAACCAUUACUCAUUUGAAAGUUUCCCACGGUGAUCUAAUAUCUUUUAAAGAAAAUGACGCGAGAACCCGCGGUGAAGAAAUAAGGAGAUCUUUCUAUAUCGACAUAUCAGUUGGAAAAAUCGUAGGCAAAUUCCUACCGGCCAAAAUCUGGAGAAGAACAAAAACAGAAUGGUUCCGCUUACUCACAACUCAGAGGGGAUGCCGCUUACUACUCAAAUCCUUAUUCAUUUGGAUCUUAAAGGCGCUUGCCAAUUUAUACCUGCCAGGCAGCGCCUUCCUAGUAGGAUUAUUUGUGGGUCUAUUAGCGGCAAGUUCCACCGCAAUGGCCGCGGGUCCCCCCGACUGGAUGACCGGGGAUCCAAAUGAGAGACUCCUCCGUAAGACCGAGAAGCAACUUCUAAAGGUCAGCGAGGAGUUGGAUCAGGUGACUGCCCAAGCUGUGGCAAACGCACAGCUGUUCCCUUUGCCGUUACCGGGUACAAAUGCGGCGGAGCAAGCUGACACCAUCCGUUCCAUUCUGGAACAUGAUCUGGAUGGUAUCCAUCUUAAUCAGCGAAUUCGAAGAAUCCGGAAAUGGCUCCAACCGGGAGAAAUCGAUAAUUCCGAAAGCCUAUUCUGGGUCCAAAUAAUUGAUCAACUCAACAGGUUGAUGCCUUAAGACCCUUACUCGCACGCAUAUGUCUGAAUUCUUUUUUCCUUUGAAUUACUCAUUUUUUUGGAAUUUCGCACCGGAAACUUUUCUAGGAGAAGUUCGAAUCCGUUCCGUUCGGAUAUUGAUCGGUCUUGGUUUGACAUGGUUUACGCGUUACUGGUUCCCGGAAGAGUCAAUUUCUCCAUUAGCUAAACCCUUUAUUACCCUACCUUUGGACUCGUAUUUUGUUUGUACACAAUCAACGGAGGCCCCCCCGACAUAUGUUGCAACGUCUUCAAUAGCAUGCUCUUACUUCGUCUUUCCCUUAAUAAGUCAUCAAAUUUGGUGCUUUUCGAUCCCCAGUUGCUAUGGGGAACAAAGGCUGAAAUACAAUAGAAUCCUCCAUUUAAGUGGUUCUCGCUUCUCCUUGUUCCUGCUCCUAACUCCUCCCCGGGUAGUUCCCAAUGUUUGGCACUUUCCAUACUUCGUGGGUGCAACAUCAACAAAUUCGCUCAUGAUCAAGUUACAACCUAAGAUCUAUGACUAUAUUAUGUUAACUGUUCGUAUUUUGUUCAUUCCAUCGGUAUGCUCUCAGGUACCUGUAAUUGUGAUCUGUUUGCCAGAACCAAGGGGUCUUUCUGUGGAAACCUUCACGAGCAAUCGUCGUUUUUUGAUGGUUUUUCCGCUUUUCACAGCUGCUCUUUCCACACCCCCGGAUAUCUGGUGCCAAACCGUCGCCCCUUUCCUUAUAUAUUCGAUAAUCGAGUUUGCUAUCUUUGUGGCAUUGAUUGUACAAGUUCGUGAAGAGGGCUGGACGAGUAGAAUGAGGGAAAGCGGCUCGAUCGAGAAAAAAGAGGAGUAGACUAGCCCCCCUAGAACUUUGUUUGAAAGUCACUAUCAAUGAAUUCCCGAGCAAUUCUAAACCAACAUAUGCUCCGUAUAGACGGAAUCUAAGAUUCAGAUUUUCUAUUGUGUGAAGAAAAGGUCUAGACGGAAUCUAAGAUAAGAACCUAACAAAAGUUUUGCGACUCCUCUAGGCGAAGAAAGGCGGGUCCCUGGCCCACCCUAAGUCAGUUCGAAUCUGACGAGUCGUCUUACUCGUGUCUAUUUUCUUCACGGAGACUCUGAUCAAAGAGCAGAAAGGCAGAAAGCUGGUGUUUAGAGAUGAGAAGUGGGCUAUAUCCCCAGGGGACUGAACACUUGUUUCAUCUAUGAAGAGUAGAGUAGCUAUCUCGAGAUGUCCAUGCUGAGAUUCAAUGGUGGAGUUUGGAGCUUCGAACCUAUACUGAGCUUUAGACGGAUCUAGUUUUCAAGGCACGGGUUCAAUUACUUUCCU